AUGCAAACGCUCCCUUACGAGCUCCUCGACUGGAUCUACUCCAGUCUCGACGUGCCGCUGGUGUGCCGGUUAUACGCGGCGUUCCCCGGCCACCAGUUCACCGUCCCCGCCGGCGCCAUCAUUUGCCGGACCCCGAUCCAGGUGUCACACGACGUCGCCAGCGAUAGCAUCGACUUCGACACGUUGAGCCAGCUACCUCCUUGUGAAGCUCAGGUCAGGAUCCUGCCGCUGUCGUGGCUUGCUACUGCUGAUGAGCUUAACCGAGUGAAGCCUCGACACUUAUCUUUAGUGUACCAUGACGAAGAGUUUGGUAUUAUGGGUCGACCGUUCUGGCAGGUGGCCGACUUAUCUCGGUACCACGGCCAGAUCCACCUGUUGACGUUUACCGAUGCGGUGGUGGAAGUGGAGCGGCUUCCUCGCACUUUGGCUAAACUCCAUUUGAUCAAUGGUGAAGUGCACGGAGCGGAUAAAUUCCACGAGUUUACUCAACUUGAAGAGCUUUUCAUCCACUGUGAGAACCGUCGCCAUCAACGGCUAGCCAUUCCUCCUCACGUUACGCGGCUACGCACUUCAUUUGACUGGAUGUACUUGGACCACACUCGGUAUAACCACGAACCAGAUGCCGUCACCGACAUCCCUUGGCACCAGUUCAAAUACCUCCACACCGAGGUGGUGCCUAAAGUGAAAUGCCUCGAUAAUGUUGAGGAAUGGGUGAUUAAUUCACCACCUCCAGCAAAGAUCUCGUUAAUUGACAUCGAGUGUCCCAAGCUCGAACGAGUAACGAUCGAAAAAGGGUUCUAUCUCGGGUUUCUCGAAUUGUCGCUGGUGUUUACCCACCAACAAAUGGCUCAGCUUACGGUGCUUGAAGCUCCGGAAUACAUCAUGCCUGACGUCAAGUUGUUACCACUGCUCCGCAAGUUAGCCAUUGCCACGCAAGAGAAAGUUACUGAGGACAUGGCUCUUCCCCCUCAGGUUGAGGAAUUGCUGCUUUACACUGACUCUAUCGUCGUUGAAGGGGUGCCGUCACAAAUCAAAAAGUUUGCCAUAAACUACGCACAAAGCUCCCACCGCCGCAGUUCGGUGAACGGGAAAAUCACCAUCGCCCUGUGCACGCUACACUCGCUCACCAUUGAAGGCGGCAAUUUCGUGUCGUUUGUCGAGUUGUGUAUUUCGUGUCCUAAUCUCCACUGGCUCAACAUGCGGUUGAAAAACGAUCGGUUCAUCGUCGACGCCCCCGAACUUGUGCUGGUCACAUAUCAGGGGAACUGUCCUCACUGGUUUGACACCACCCAAUACCCGCGGUUGGCCCAUGCCACUCUCGUCCCUCCAUAA